AACCAACCAUCCCACUUUCAUUUUUUCCUUAAGUAACCAUCUGUCUUAUGUAACCAAACAUAACAUCAUAAUACUAUUUACCUAUUUAUGUUGACUAUGUUACGUAUAGUGUAUGAGACCAGCCUGGCUAUGCAUGUCUUGAGGGAAGGAACAUGCCACCAUGCACUUUUGGACUAGACAAACACUCUGAGCAUGAAUUAUAUGAAUUCGUCCUAAAUAGUCCCUGCACACGUUUUCAUGUGUGAACAUGGGUUAUGGUGAUUUGAAACAGUCAAUUGAAAUAAACUGCUCAGUAUGUACAGCAACAACUAACAAACAUCAGAGAAGCAUUAGCUAGCACACAGUUAGAAAACCAAUAACCGUUGUGUGGGAGUAAUGGGUGAUUCCACGAGACAAGAAACGCGCUCGCGCUUCCUGUGGUGUUCUUCCAACACUAUGAGCACAAGCUUGCGCCGCAUUGGUUUGGCAGUGAGAGCGCGAAGGACCUGAUCUCAGUAACCCGCAGGGUCUUUUGAGCAUGUGAUGCCAAGGAUUGCAGAGAGAGAUCACCACUGUCCAGCCAGUGUGAGAAACUCAGCCUCUCUUCUCUCCAGCUCCCUUAUAUCACUCAAACUACACCCCCUUCCCAGUGAUGCCAGGAACAUGCAUCAGCAGCUCUUUGAAACCAAGAGGUAAUCAUCCCUAACCCUACCCUGAUUUAGAGAGGGGCACCCAUGUUACGCCCCACCCUGUGCACCCACCACCACCCACCAGCUGCCUGCUGCGCCGAUCUUCCAGUGCUACACCAUCCCUCCCCUGACCCACUAUCCCACUCACCCGCACUGCUACCACCAUGGCCAGGGAGUCCAAACACCCCUCCCUUUCCCAUUACUGCUUCCUCUUCCUACUGACUACCAAAUGCUACUGGCUGUUGGUGUCUGCCACUCAGAAGGUCUCGGACCCGCAGCUGCCUCUGCAGGAGUAUGCCCACUCUAUCCGGCUGGACGGUGACAUCAUGCUAGGUGGCCUAUUCCCUGUGCACUCCCGUGGCGAGAGAGGAGUCCCCUGCGGGGAGCUGAAGAAGGAGAAGGGCAUUCAUAGGCUGGAGGCCAUGCUGUUUGCCAUUGACCUGAUCAACAAGGACCCAGAGCUGCUACCAAACGUGACCCUGGGGGCGCGCAUCCUGGACACGUGUUCCAGAGACACCUAUGCCCUGGAGCAGUCACUGACCUUCGUCCAGGCACUCAUCGAGAGGGAUGGCUCGGACGUGCGCUGCGCCAACGGGGACGCACCCAUCUUUGCCAAGCCGGAUAAGGUGGUGGGGGUCAUAGGGGCAGCGGCUAGCUCGGUGUCCAUCAUGGUGGCCAACAUCCUGCGGCUCUUCAAGCUAUAGGAGACUCUACAUAAGAAAUCUACGUAAGAAGACUCCUUGAAGUGUCACCAACAACGACUGAGCUGCUACAACUUUGAGGAGUCGCCACGUAACACAGGAUGCAGUUAGCAAACCUUUGCACGAGGAAGGACCUGAGCUUUCCUUAUUAUUGUCAGUCUUUGUGGCUCACGGGAACUGUGAACCGACAGAGUACUCAGAAAUGUUGUUGAAAGAGAGGGGCCUACAACCAAACAUAUAAAUCAUAAGUAAAUAAGGGAAGUUUGUGUGGGCAAUGAGUCGGACACAAAGGAUUUACUUCAGACACCCGACAAGGCCCAAAUCCCUGUCAUUCGCAUGAGAAAGAGACGGAGAUAUCGGGGAUGUAGGUCGGGGUACCCUGUAAGGACCCGACGGCAAGUGGGUAAUCUGCAUCUACCAUCAGUCAAAUUAGCCAAUAUACAUUCAUUGGAUAACAAAAUAGACAAGCAACAAUCACGAAUA